AGCUGUUCUCAAUAGCCUCCCGACAGGAUGUACGGACGGCCAGGAGUGGAUCGCCUUUAUGCAAGAGGUCGGUGGACUGCGCCUCGCCAAUGAAAGUGGGUUCCGGGAGUGACAUGGGGAAAAAGGUGAUUCAGCAAACGCAGUCCCAAAGCAACUUGGCGCGCGCGUUUGGAAUUUUCAAACAUUGUCACAGCGUGUUUUUUCAAACUUAUUGAACAGACGAAAACUCGGAAUCAAUGCAACCAUCCAUGCCAAGUGCCGAUUCUCCCACACCCACAGCUAGUAAAAUUGAGCGGGCGGCCGGAACAACUUUCCUACCCAUUGCGCGAGUCAAGCGGAUCAUUAAAGAAGAUAAAGAUGUGUCUCUCAUCAAUGCUGAGGCAACAUUCUGUGUCGCGUAUGCAACGGAGUUGUUUAUGGAAUAUCUUGCCAAUGAGGGUUUCGCAAAGGCCAAGAAAGAGAAGAGGAAAACUGUGUAUUAUAAGGAUCUAGUAGCGUCUGUGGUGAGCGAAGUCGAUCAAUUUGAAUUUUUGGAGGAUGUCAUCCCGCAGACCAUGCCACUCAAGUCAGCUUUGGAGCGAAGGCGUGAAGCGCUAGAUGACGCAGAGUAUCAGGGCGAGAGCAACCAGUUGACCAAGAAGUCAACAGGAGAAGGUGCAGCUGAUACGGAGUCCAAUGGUAUGGCAGAAGACACGCAAAUGGCAGACGAUGACUCUGGCUUGCAAAACAUAGAUCAGUCAGAGACUGCGCCCGCCCAAGAAUCUUCAGAUAUGAUGGUAGAGUCUUGAAGAAUUAGUGUACAUUUUUCUGAUUAUC